AUGCAAAACACAGGAAAACUCGCUGGCAUUACGCUGUUUAUUACCGGUGCAUCUAGAGGCAUUGGCAAGGCGAUCGCACUGAAAGCUGCUCGAGAUGGUGCCAACAUUGUGCUAGCGGCCAAAACGGCAGAGGCACAUCCGAAGCUACCUGGAACCAUCUACACAGCUGCGGCGGAAAUUGAAGCGAUCGGUGGCAAAGCAUUACCAUGCAUCGUUGACGUGCGCAGUGAAGAAGCUGUCCGAGCAGCGGUACAAAAAGCAGUACAAACGUUCGGUGGUAUCGAUAUUGUGGUUAACAAUGCUAGUGCCAUUUCCCUGACUCCAACCGAGGAAACGGAUAUGAAGCGAUACGACCUGAUGCACAAUAUCAACACCAGAGGGACUUUUCUAGUAUCGAAAGAAUGUCUACCGUAUCUGCGCAAAAGUAAGCAUGCACAUAUUCUGAACAUUUCGCCACCGUUAAACAUGGAACCUCACUGGUUCAGUAACCAUGUGGCCUAUACCAUGGCCAAAUAUGGCAUGUCCAUGUGUGUCCUCGGUAUGGCACGGGAGUAUGAGAGUGCCAACAUUUCCGUGAACGCUUUAUGGCCCCGUACGAUCAUUUACACCGCCGCAGUAGAGAUGUUGCACGGACAGGAAGGGUAUCCGUUCUCCCGCAAGCCAGAAAUUAUGGCGGAUGCUGCUUAUGCGAUCCUUUGCCGAACGCCAGGGACUAGCACUGGUAACUUUUUCAUCGACGAUGAGGUACUGGCCGCCGAAGGAAUCAAGGAUUUUGCACAAUACGCUUGCGUUCCUGGAAACGCGCUUACUCUCACGCCGGAUAUCUUUGUAAACGAAACGAAAUCAAAGCUCUAA